GACAUCUGGGGGAUGCACGCGCGCGGCUAUGGGUGAUCCGAUGCAGUUUUGCGGAGUGGAUAUGCGCACAGAAAGUGGGGAGAAGUGAGUUUUUGCGGGUCGGGGCCCACAGGAUGGACACUGCGGAGGUGUUUCUCUCCGUGUUGGUGGUUGUGAUUAUCGUCGUGUCGCUGCUGUCCAACGUCCUGGUGCUGAUCUGCUUCCUCUACAACCCGGAGAUCCGCAAGCAGGUGCCGGGUCUCUUCAACAUCAACCUCACCUUCUGCAACUUGUUGCUGACCGUGUCCAACAUGCCGCUCACUCUGGUGGGGCUUGUCAGCGACGCGCAGCCCGGGGGGGACGGCUUCUGCCAGAUCGUGGGCUUCCUGGAGACCUUCCUGUCCACGAACUCGAUGCUGAGCAUGGCAGCCCUGAGCAUCGACAGGUGGAUCGCGGUGGUCUUCCCCCUGCGGUACCACUCCAAGAUGCGCCACAAGGACGCGGCGUUCGUGCUGGGAUACACGUGGGCGCACUCCGUGUCCUUCUCCACGGUGGCCGCCUGCCUCUCCUGGGUGGGAUACCACCGGCUUUACGCGUCCUGCACCCUCUCCAACCCGAGGGCGAGCAGCCGGACCCAGUUUGUCAUCUUCACCGUGUUUUUCCACUCCUUCACCUUCCUCCUGUCUUUUAUAGUCUUGUGUGUCACAUACCUCAAAGUCCUCAAAGUGGCCAGGUUUCACUGUAAGAGGAUCGACGUGAUUACAAUGCAAACUUUGGUGCUGCUGGUGGACAUACACCCCAGCGUUCGGCAACGUUGCCUGGAGGAGCAGAAGAGGCGGCGGCAGAGAGCGACGAGGAAGAUCAGCACCUUCAUCGGCACAUUCAUGCUCUGCUUUGCUCCUUACGUGAUCACAAGGAUCGUGGAGUUAUUUCCAGCGGUGCCUAUCAACCCUCACUGGGGAAUUGUCUCCAAGUGCUUAGCUUACAGCAAGGCGGCUUGUGACCCCUUUGUGUACUCGCUGCUCCGACACCAGUACAAGAAGACGUGCGCCGACAUCAUCAACAGGCUGCUGAAGCGCAGCUCCCUGAACGCGUCUCGGCGCAGGCACGAGAUCCAGAACCAGAACCAGAGCCAGAGCCAGAACCAGGCCAGCGGCGUCCCCCCCACGGUGGAGUGACAGCAGCAGAGAGCUCCCUGGCAGGUUACAGACUCAUGUUUGACCCCGAAAAACUCUCAUGGAAUUUGGGCUGACAUGCCGAAACAAAACAAGAAUACAAACAAGCAAAACAGAACAAGAAGAAAGACAAAAAAAACAAAAAAACCAUCCAGAACCAGUAGCCAAGUGCAAAUUCCUGCACUGUGCUCCUUCACUGAGUGCCCAGAACAGCAGGUCAGUGCAGUGAACUCGCUAUAAGGACAAUAAACAGCAGAUUUCUCAUCCAGCGGAAGAGACAGAUGUGCUCGCCCAGGAAGAACGGCCAGUUCCUCACCUCGUUACUUCAGUCUGAUGCGACACACACUUCAGUACGUCUUGAGUUGUGUGUUUUGGCAUUUCCUCUAAUAUACAGUGUAAUCAUCUUACCUUCAAAACAAAUGAAAGGGAUGGCUGUACGUCUUUUGUUAGUCUGUGCAAAGUGUUUGCAGGUGACUAGUUGAUAUGUUUUUUUUGGUUUUUUUUGUAAGUAGCACUGAAUUCUAGCCUAACCAAAACUUGAUACAGUAUAAUAAGGGUACAUUUUCUAAUUGUAUAACAGAAGUGAACACAGUCCGGCUCAGGUUUUUCAGAUUUAAAGUGGUAAAACAUCU